GUUGAGCUUGUGAUGGUCAAUUUCCUGCAAGAAAAUAUGCCCGAGGUCCUUGCAUACAAAUUUUAUGUGGGUGAAGUUACAGUUACGAGAUCUUUACUGUACCUAGACACGGAUUCAUGAAUUUAAACUCAUUUAUUCCAGCCACGUAGCUGCAGGGGGGCACGGGGGGCGCCCCCCUGAAUGAAAAUUUUGACAACAACUUUUCCCCUCUGGUUACAGUUUUUCUAAAUGAUGCGUUGAAAAUUUGGCAUAUUUAUAAUUCCAUGACCUUGAUUUAGCCCAAAUAUAUCUGUUUGUUAUAUGUCUGUUUUCUUGUUUUAAAGCCUGCCCUCCUCAGGUAUGGUUCUUGCUCGAGUUUGCCCCCCCUCCCCCUCCUAGCCGACAUCUACAGCUGCGUGGUUUAUUUAUUCGUUAAUAAGGCUGAAUUACUGACUAAUUAGGACUUCCCCCAACAUCCCUGCUCCCUUUUCUCCUCCUGCCGCGUCCGGGAUCUGGCGCCCAUCUACUGGAGAUCCAUGCCAUCCAACACUGCUUACAGAACAUUGUGGCAGAUGGUUGUUGUUAGGCUUGUCACUAUGGCGUAGGACUUCUCCGGUACUACAAGAAUUUUUUACAUGCUGUCGAUAAACCAAUUGCAGAGAUGACCGACAAAACUGAGCAUGGUUUGCCAUCAAAAGUCAAAGAUACAAAUAGGAACCAUGAUAAAUCUUUAGAUGGAAAGCACAAUAAAGAUGGCCUAGUCACAAACACAGCAGAAAAUGAACAAGGAACAUGCAAACAAAAAGUAAAUGGCCAAGUGGAUAAAAAGGAAGUGACUAGUUGCUCUGAAAGAAAGGGAAAGGAAGAGAGAGUUUUUGAUCGAGCAUUCUUUAGGGAUUUAUUAAACAAGGAGAACCACGAAAAAGAUAAAUUUUAUUACGCGGUAGUCACAAUAUUUUGGGUUUUGAGUUUGGGCACAAGAUUAUAUGAUAUUGCACAACCACCAAAAAUUUGUUGGGAUGAGACACAUUUUGGUAAAUUUGCAAGCUACUAUAUUAAUGGAACAUUCUUCUUUGAUGUCCACCCACCUCUCGGCAAGAUGUUGCUUGCUUUAUCUGGGUGGAUGUCAGGGUAUGGAGGAGGCUUCCCUUUCGAUAAACCUGGUGAUUUGUAUGGAGAAGAAAAAUAUGUUGGAAUGCGAGUUUUUUGUGCACUGAUGGGUGGAUUCUGUGUGCCAUUAGCAUAUCUCAUUGUGUUUGAACUCACCAAAUGUUUACCAGCUGCAAUUAUUGCUGGUUGUUUAGUUCUUUUUGAUCAUGGUACAUUGACACUGUCAAGAUUUAUACUCCUGGAUUCAAUUUUAAUGUUUUUCAUGAUGAUCUCAGUAUUUUGUUUGGUGAAGUUCCAGAGUUGGUCAGACCACCCAUUUUCAGUUGACUGGUGGGGUUGGAUGUUUUGUACAGGGUAUUUCUUAGCAUGUACUUUCAGUGUAAAAUGGGUUGGUCUGUUUGUCAUUUUAUUGGCUGGUUUGGUUACCAUAAAACAAUUAUGGGAUUUACUUGGUGACCUCUCAUUAUCAAUGUUUGUUAUUGGACAGCAUUUCGUAGCAAGGGUUCUUGGUUUAAUCAUCUUACCAAUUCUUACAUACAUGUUUUUCUUUGGAGUGCAUUUCCAAGCUUUGCCACUAAGUGGGCCUGGUGAUGGAUUCUUCAGCUCAACUUUCCAGUCAACCUUGAAGGGAAGUGCAUUGCACAAAGCUGUCCUGCCAAAAGAACUGGCCUAUGGUUCCAUCGUCACCUUGAAAAACACCAAGGCUGGCGGCACAUUGCUACAUUCUCACCAACAUCUCUACCCUAAGGAACACCCUCCAGAGCAACAGCAGGUUACUGGAUAUUCUCAUAAAGAUCCAAAUAAUGAAUGGAUUGUUAAAAAGCCUACAAAUAAUCAAUUAGAUCCAACUGCUCCUUUGGAAUAUGUAAAAAAUGGAGACAUUAUUCGCUUAGAGCAUGUCAUGACCAAACGAAAUUUGCACAGCCACAACGAAAAAGCUCCAAUUACGAAUAAUCUGAUGCAAGUCAGCUGUUACGGCGAUCAAGGAAAUGGUGAUUCAAAUGACGAUUGGUCAGUUGUUGUUACUUCUAAUCUUGGCGAAGAUUCCAAAAUCCAGUCUGUGAAAACGACCUUUAGGCUCGUCCACGCAAAUACUGGUUGUGCCCUUGGCGAGACCGAAAAAACUUUGCCUAAAUGGGGAUGGGAACAACGCGAAAUGGCUUGCUAUCCGACUGCCGAUAAACUAGGCACACAGUGGAGCAUCGAGGGACACGUUAACGAUCGAGUUCCCUCGACAAGCAUGGAGUUCAUGGCCCCAUCGUUCCUUGAAAAGAUUUAUGAGUCUCAUGUCGUCAUGGCUCAGACGAACAGUGGGUUCAAGCCAAAAGAAGGCGAAGUGACGUCACAGCCAUGGCAAUGGCCUAUCAAUUACAGGGGUCAAGUCUUUUCAGGGGGAGAAUACAGAAUUUAUCUUCUUGGUAACCCGAUCAUCUGGUGGGGCAUUCUCGCUGCUUUUGCAAUCUUCUUUAUCAUAUACACAUACCACGCAGUGAGAGAGCAGAGAGGAUAUCAAGAUGAUGUGGCUGUCAAAGGUAAACAAUUUGAUUCCCAAUGCCGGACAAUACAAAAUCUCAUAGCCAAUUUCCUCCAUUGGAGUAAUGUCGUAAGCAGAAAGUUAAUAACUGUAUUCUCUUAAUCAGAUUACGCAACUUUAUGGAUAAAUACACUAAUUUAAUUUCGCGCAGAACCUGCUUAGCAUUUGAUGUAGAUUGUGUUUUUCUAGUAACAUAUCACACGUCUUACUUGCAUCAUAAUUCAAUUACUAUUUCCUUGCUUAGUCGUUUACUUAUGCAUCCA